AAGUAGGUUCACAAAUGCUUUGAAGUAGUCACUGCAAUUUGCUCAUUGUGUUUCACUAGAUUCAUACAUACAAAAAUGGGUCGUUUCUUGGCUAACUUUUGCCGUCUUCUUUGCUUUUGUUUUCUAUUUUUCUCUUUUGUUUCUGGAGCCAGAGAAUUGGCAGAUGAUCGCCAACAUGCUAUGGAAAUGAGGCCACUCAUGCCUACAUCCAAGAGCACUCCUUUAAUUACUAACCAAGGACCCGGCUCACAGCUUGCCCAAAACCAAUCCAAAGAUCGCUCUCUCGUUUCCCUCCCAUUUGGAGGGCCUAAACUUUCUCUGCAGCCAAUUGGCGCUGACAAUUAUGUUGUCACAGUUGGGUUUGGCACACCUAAACGUGAUUUAACCUUAAUGUUUGACACAGGCAGUGCCACCACUUGGAUCCAAUGCAAACCAUGCAUUAAUUGCUAUGAACUAGAGGAACCCAUUUUUGAUCCUUCUCAAUCUUCAACUUUUUCCAAUUCUUCAGAGCAGUACACCCAAAAAUACCACGACAAGUCUUAUGCCAGUGGAUAUUUUGCACACGAUGCCUUAACCAUGGAUACUUAUGAGGUUAAAGACUUUGAGUUCCUUUGUGCCCAUAAUACUGGUGGAUUCUUUGGUGAAGUUGCCGGGCUUCUUGGCAUCGGCUUAAGUGACAAUUCUCUGAUAUCUCAAACAUUCUUAAAUUUUCUUCAAUUGUUCUGCUACUGUCUCCCACCCACAGAAAACUCCUCUGGGUUUCUUGUUUUUGGAAUUACAGCAGCAACAACUUGCCUUCCUCAAUUUGGUACUCCACUUAUAAGUGAUCCAGAUGGAUACAAUCGAUACUUUGUCAACCUUGUUGGUAUAACAAUUGGAAACAAGACAUUGCAAAUAUCUUCAAAUGACGCUUCAUCAUUACGAAACACCAUUAUUGACUCUGGAACCCGCAUCAGUCGCUUGCCUCCAUCAGUUUAUUCAGAACUUCGCUCUUCAUUUAACAAGUUGAUGUCAAAAUAUCCUGUUGCGCCAAACUCUAGCUUGUUGGACACGUGCUAUAAUCUUCAGGGGUACGAUCAAAGCAGUAUCAUACCAUCUAUGAUAUUGCAUUUUGAUAAUUCCGUGGAGUUAAAUUUGGACCAUAAUUCUGUUGUUUUGAGUGAGACUGAUUAUAAAGUCUGUUUGGCUUUCGCUGAAGAUACUGAAACAAUUAUUGGUAGCUAUCAACAACGGAAUGUAAAUGUACUCUACGACAUAGUUGAUAAAACAGUGGGAUUUUCUGCUGGAUCUUGCGGCAACUAAUGUCAUAUAUUCAUGUAUAAGUAACUGAAUGUAGACAUCUAAGAAGCAAUUGAGAUGUUUCAUUAAUAUUGCAAUUAAUAAUUAAUUAAGCAAGCUUUUUUAUAUCCUCAAAACCAUAGAUAAGUAGAACGU